GUUGGUGGAGGCCUGGAGCGUCACAAAUUUUAAACUGCGCAGUGUUAGCGGAGGCGCAUCUCUCGAUUGAAUUAGCUUUUUCUGCAAACCGACGAAUAUGGCAGAUAUUGUCCAGGAUAUUAUUGAACCCAUCGAGGCUGAGACAGAGGGAACAUCUCAGGAUGGCACGAAUGGCCUUAAAAUAGAGCCAGAAGAAGAUGAGGUUCUUGGUGAAGAUGCCCCUGCAGAAGAAGAGGACCUAGGCCUGGGUGAUGACGAGGUCCUUGGAGAUGAGGUCCUUGGUGAUGAUGAUACCCCUCUAGAUGGCGACCCUAUCGAUGACACCCCUAUCGAUGAUGCCGAAACCCUUGCAGAUGACCCUACUGAUGCCCCUGAAACUGCCCCAACCCAAAAUACCAAGUCUGAGCUCAAAGAAAAGGUGUCCGGAGGAGGUCGCAAAGGGAACCGCUUCCACCCCUACAAAGAGAAGCAGGUCACCGGGGACAAGAAGGGCGGAGGAGGCGGUCACAGGAACCGCGUGUUCAUUAGCAAUAUCCCCUAUGACACGAAGUGGCAGGCUAUUAAAGAUCUGAUGAGAGAGAAAGUUGGUGAGGUUACAUACGUGGAGCUCUUUAAGGAUGCUGAAGGAAAGUCAAGGGGAUGUGGUGUUGUGGAGUUCAAAGAUGAGGAGUUUGUGAAGAAGGCCAUAGAAGUCAUGAACAAAUAUGAUCUGAAUGGAAGACCCCUCAAUAUUAUGGCGGAUCCUGAUGGGGAGCGUGCUCGGCGCGUGCUGCAGCGUACAGGGGGAAUGUACCCUGGAGGGGGAGGCAGGGGGCAGGAGGGGGGACCGGGCGGUGUAGGUGUACCCCCUUCCAUCGCUAACAACCCCAACGUCCCCCAUGAGGUCAUCAGCUCCCUACGGGUCGGACGCCUAGGGACCACUGUGUUCGUAGCCAACCUGGACUUUAAGGUGGGCUGGAAGAAGCUGAAGGAGGUGUUUGGUAUGGCAGGAACAGUGAAGAGGGCUGACGUGAAGGAGGAUAAGGAUGGGAAGAGCAGAGGGAUGGGGACUGUUACCUUCGAACAGGCCCUGGAGGCUGUACAGGCUAUCUCCAUGUUCAAUGGCCAAAUGCUGUUUGACAGACAGAUGCAUGUUAAGAUGGAUGACAAGUCUAUGCCAGCUGACGAUUUCCACCCGGUGGAGAAAGCUCCUCAGUUACCACGGGGUCUGGGAGGGAUUGGGAUGGGCCUGGGACCAGGAGGACAACCUAUCAAUGCCAACCGGCUGAGUGGUGGAGGAGGAAUGGGCAACAUGGGCCCUGCAGGUAUGGAGGGAGGACCUGGGUAUGGAGGGAUGAGCAGACUAGGAGGGUUCGGUGGCAUGGACAGCAUGGGGGGAUUCGGAGCCAGAGACAUGGGACGGAUGGGAGACAUGUCCUACCGGUCAGGGGGUAUGGGAGGAGGGAUGGACAGAGACUUUGGUCGCAGUGACAUGUCCAUGAGCAGAGGCUUCGGAGACUCCUUUGGAGGAAUGGGUGGUUUGGGCAACCGGUCCAUGGAGCGGAUGGGCUCUGGCUAUGACCGUAUGGGGGGGGGCAUGGCCAUGAGCCAAGGUUUCGGGGGCUACGGAGGAGGAGCCAUGUCUGACAGAGCCAAGGGCGGAUGUCAGAUCUUUGUCAGAAAUCUGUCCUAUGACCUGACCUGGCAGAAACUGAAGGAGAAGUUCAGUGUCUGUGGCCAGGUGAUGUUUGCAGAGAUUAAGAUGGAGGGAGGAAAGUCUAAGGGCUGUGGUACGGUCAGGUUUGACUCCCCAGAGAGUGCUAACCAGGCCUGCAGGAUGAUGAACGGAACCAAGAUCAGCGGUCGCGAGGUUGACGUCCGCAUCGACCGCAACGCCUAGAGUCACACAUACACGGUCACGACAACUGCUCCUUCCAUCUCCAACUGCUUUUGUUUUGUUUUAAAAACACAUUUUCCACGUAUCCGCGUUUCCAUGACUUUUGGAUGUGUAUAAGGUCUGUUUUUCUUUUAAUCUUCCGUAGUUUUUUUUUUUUUGUAAGCCCUUUUUUGGGGGGGUCAUACGUUUAUUUGAAUAAACAUUUUAAUUUUUCAACGUUGUUGUAAAAUGUUACUGUGGGAUCAAAGGCUACUGGCCAGUUGACAGAAGGGUUGUGUGGGUGUGUUUAAUUGAAUACAAAGGUUAAUUGCAGGUAAGACGCCAUAAAUAAAAUGUCCUCUGGA